AUGGUCAAAAAAUCAAGUCACGGACGUGCUCUGUCACAAGUUGACUCGCAACCAACAACAGAAUAUACACCAACAGAGAAUACACAACCUCCUCCCAUCCAACAACAUAUUCAGUCCCCGGCUCAUCAAGUAAACAUGGCCACAGUUGUCAAGGUUGGCAUGUUGGAGGUUAAAACUUUAGAGCAGGAAAACACAAUCGUUGGGCAAAGAAACACUUUAUCAGAACAAGGAAAGAAAAUUGUAGAGCUGGAGGUGAUGGUCACCGAUCAAGGCAAAUCAAUCGUUGCACAAGGCAAGAAAAUCGUUGCGCAAGGCAAGACAACCAUUGAGCAAAGAAACACUAUAUCAGAACAAGGAAAGAAAAUUGUAGAGCUGGAGGUGAUGGUCACCGAUCAAGGCAAAUCAAUCGUUGCACAAGGCAAGAAAAUCGUUGAGCAAAGAAACACUAUAUCAGAACAAGGAAAGAAAAUUGUAGAGCUGGAGGUGACGAUAGAUGAGAUGAAAGUAGAGAAUGUAACGCAACAAAAGAAUAUGGAAACCAAGUACGAUACUCUUUUGAGUAUGGUGAAUGGACUUACCUCAAAGACUCAAAAGCUCGAGGAUUACAAUCAAUACCUCACCAAUGAAAGAAUCAAUAUUGAGAAUGAAUUGAUUCUUGGAGAAUUGGCAAUUCAAUUGGAAAAGGCAGUCUGUAAGGAUAUGAAAAUCAAAUCACACACCUUUGCAGAGUUGGAAAGAGCCAACAUCACCUCUUGGGAUACAUCAAAGGCUCAAUUCGGACUUGAUGAUAGGGUCUUACGAGCAGUCAUCAGAUUAAAGGAUCUUCGUCUCAAUGCCGCACACCCUCAUGUUAUUAAUGGGUCCCCUAUCACCAAGUCUGUGAUCAUGGAAGUUGCUCCAAAGUAUUCCAGAAUAUGCAGCGUAGAAACAAUAGAGAAAAUGGUAGAUUUACUUUCAUCAUUUAAUGGUCCAUCGAACUUGUACCAAUAA